UGGAAUCGAGGUCCAGAGUUGAAGAACCCUGGCUUAAAAAAACACAUAUUUCUCUGUUAUUACCCAUCCAUCCUGUAGGGGGCAAAUGUCUCCUAGGAGUUUAUUUAGUUAGUUAUAGUAUUUAGUCAUGUUUUAUUUCCUUAUUAAUGUCUUAGUACUUUAAUUUCUGUUUAAUGUUUCGAAUGGCUGCAUGUCACUUUAAGAACAUAGUAUAGUAACGCAGUUAUUUUACGUAAGGUGGGGGAGUUUUGGGACGUUGGUUUGGAAUGAACGGUUUUUCUAACCGUACUUAGGCAGUGGAAAUUUAGUAAAAUAGUGAAUCUUUGGACUUUAUUUUCGAUUUAUGUUUAUAGUUUAAUAAACGUUUAAAUGCAUAAAAAUGUAUUAAUUUUAUUUCUGCGUGGAACAUAAGCCGAACACGGUGUCUGUUAUUUCAAUUUUGAUUGGUCGGUCGUCAUCUCAAGUUGGGUGGGUGGUAUUACACGUCCCACCCAAACCCUUGUGGAUUGGAGAUGACAUCACUCUGACCUGCGAGGUUAGGGGCAGGAAGUUUGUGAGCGAAGUGGUUUUCUAUAAAGACGACAUAGAAAUGCGGAGGCAGGCCAAGCCAAACCUGCGCUUGUCCCGCCUCACCAAGAGUGACCAGGGAGUCUACUGGUGCAAAGCCACCUGGCGGGGUGACAUUAUGUGGUCUACAACCUACUCGUCGCCUGUUAGAGUGAGAGUCAAUGAAUGAAACAAAUCAUAGUUGUUGCACAAUCAGUCACAGGACUCGUUACCGGGGGGAAAAAACGCUUUUUGGGAAAGUGAAACUGCCGGGAUCGUCUUCACGCCGCUCCUUGUCCUGAAUACAAGCAGGAUCUUUCCCCGUCGACACUGAUCCCAGCAAGAUGAUCCCAGUUCAGCCGCUUAUCCUCUUUAUAGUUAUUUCAGGUGUGAUUGGUCGGAAGUCAUCUCAAGAUGAGCCACUCAGACCUACCUUGACGUUGGUCUGGGGCAACCAGCAGCUGCUGGUCGGAGAGACCGCAACCAUGCUCUGCACAAUACCUGGAAACAAACAGAUUGACUGGAAAUACUGGUGGUUCAAAAACGGCCAGCCAAUACGACAGUUCGGCUUGUACGAUGACAUUUACACGCUGACAGCCAAACUUCCUCUGGACGGUGGUCUUUACACGUGCCAAGGCAGGACUAACACGACGGAGACCGAACUGCAGGACACACUGCAGAGCGAUCCGCUGAAGAUAGACGUGGCUGGUGGGUGGGUGGUAUUGCUGGUCCCACCAGCACCCUUGCUAAUUGGAGAUGACAUCACUCUGACCUGCCGUGUCAGGGGCAAGAAGAGAGUGACAGAGGCGGCUUUCUUCAAAGACGGCUUGGAGUUACAGAGGCAGCCGAAGUCAAACCUGCAUUUAUCCCGCCUCACUAAGGAAGACCAGGGUGUCUAUUGGUGCAGAGCCACUUGGUGGCAGGGCCUUCUGUGGCACACAUCGCAGUCAUUGCCCGUUGAGGUGCCAGUCAAUGAGGUAUUGACCAUGCCCCACCUGGUAGGACUCCCUGCCACCUCCGACUGGAUAGCAGCUACACUUGUGGUGCCAGGUCCAGCUCAACAGCAGGGAUCCAAACCUACAGCCGCACUACCAGUUCUACAGAAACCACCAAAAGCUGCCCUUGGCCACCGCAGAGCAGCUCCACAUCAUCACCAAGGCUGGGGUACAGCGUUCCGGGCUGUACCAUUGCAGAGUGAUUCUGAACAGGCUGGGCUUGACCAAGCUGAGCAGGGAAGUGAUGGUGGAGGUGUUGAAGGUGAGACUGCCUCUGUCGGACCCCUUCUCCACCACGGUACGUGCCACAUGUUGUCCUCUUAACCUGCCACUUUCCUUCUGUCACUU